AUGUCCGACGAGAAGCGCACCCUUGUCAUGGCUUCACCACCGCAAACAACACAUGGGCAGCCUGUCGUGGCGGGCGCGCAAGAGAGCAGUGUACGUCGCUGCAUGCGCAAUCCCUGGACAUGCUCGCCAUAUACCAUCGUCACUACGCUGCUGGGCUUUGCUGCGCUCUUCCUCAUGGCCCAGGCGUUCUUGACGCGGCAAUUGGAUACCAAAGGCUGCGACAUGGCCUACAUGCGACCCAACUACAGACGAUACGACCAAUUCGACACGGAGCACACGCGUUUUGCGACCAAGUACUCGCUGUACCUGUACAAUGAGGGGGGCAUAGACGAGGACUUUAGGGUCAAGGGCGUGCCAGUCAAGAAGGGGCGAAGCAACGCCGGCAGCUACAAGCAAGUGCGCUCUCUCGCCUCCGAGGCAGCAUUCCACUACCAUAAUACCGUCAGGCACGAGACAGAUGCGAGCACAGCGGGCAAAAGACCACUGGAUUUCUUUUCGGUCGACUUCAACGAGGAUAUCACAGCAUUUCAUGGGCAGACAUUGCUAGAUCAAGCCGAAUAUCUUAAUGAUGCCAUCACAUACAUUUUAUCAUUAUAUCACACCCCCGGCCAGACUGCGCGGGAUGCAAACCUCCCAGAUCCUACUUCAGUCAUCAUUAUCGGCCACUCCAUGGGUGGAGUCGUAGCCCGUACCAUGCUCACCAUGCCCAACUACCAGGCCAACUCGAUCAACACCAUCAUCACCCUAGCUGCUCCGCAUGCACGACCUCCCGUCUCCUUCGAUGGCGACAUUGUCCGCACGUACAAGGCUGUCAACGAUUACUGGCGCAAUGCUUACUUGCAGAAACGGGCCAGCGAGAACCCUCUCUCGCAAGUCACCUUGAUCUCCAUUGCAGGUGGAGGGCUAGACACCAUCGUCUCUUCAGACUAUGCCAGUAUUGAGUCUUUGGUUCCCGAGACCAAUGGCUUCACCGUCUUUACAUCCUCAAUGCCAAAUGUCUGGACUGGCAUGGACCAUUUGGCCAUUACCUGGUGUGACCAGAAUCGCAAGAGCGUUGUACGCGCCUUGUACGAUGUCAUCGACGUCUCACGCGCUACGCAGACGGUUGCGCGUGCGGAACGUAUGCGAGGUUUCAAAAAAUGGUUUUUGACUGGAUUGGAAGACGUUGCCGAGAAGACUCUACCCAAAAUCGAAGCCAAGACUUUGAUUACGCUAGAAGAGAACAGUGCGGUUGUUGCCCAAGGUGAGAAGCUUGUACUCCGGAAUUUAGGACGAUCGAAGCAAAGACCGCAUGCCUACCUACUCCCAGUACCACCACAGGAUACCCAGGGAAGGAAGUUCACCUUGCUGUCCAACGAGAAGCUCGAUUCGGCUGGCGAGCAUGGCAUGUUGGAGGUGUUGUUCUGCAGCGUGUUCCCUUCACAACCGGGACAGUCCACCACAUUGUUUUCCAUGAACAUGGACUUCUCGGGUGAUAGCACGGGGGCGACAAGGCUGGCUUGUAAAAACGCGGCGUCGGAUGUCAUCACGCUUCCUGCUUCCACUCGAGAAUCGGUACAACCGUUUGGCCAGAAACAGGCGCCAUUUUCAUACCUUCAGUAUGCGCUCGAGGAUCUUGCAGAACAUCAGUUCGUCGCUGUGGUUGACAAAGCUGGUGAGAGAAGCUCAGGCUGGGUUGUUGCAGAGUUUAGCACGGCUCUGGAGUCACAGGUGAAGAUUGACAUGAGCCUGAAGCGUCUCCUAACGACCGGUCUGACACUACGGCUUCCGGAGCGCCGCCCACUGACGACCGAUAUCCACGUGCCAGCCCUGAACUCUGGUCUUCUAGCCUACCACCUCCAUGUCACCAAGCAAUCUUGCGAUCGAGGAGAGCUCUUUGCGCCUCUGAUACGACAGUACAUCACCAACAUCCACGAAAGCAAGUUCUUUGUUAAUGUCAAGGACGCUGAUAUCAAUCUACAUGGUGUCUCGCCGUACAUGCCCCCUUCGCUGCAUACAAAAGACCCCAACAACGGUCUUUCCUUGCAGAUCUGGUCGGACCCUACCUGCGACAGUACUGUCGAGGUUACGCUGCGAGUGGAUAUCUUGGGCAGUCUGGGCAAACUUUGGAUGCGUUACCGUAUUGUCUUUGCAGCAUUCCCUCUCUUCAUUGUCGCUCUCGUGCUCCGCCAGCAGUUUCGGGCUUACGAUGAGACGGGCGUCUUUAUGAGCUUUGCGCAAGGACUGAACGAGUGCAUCGAGUCCUCACUGCCACUUGCCCUUCUCGCCCUCACCUUUUUAUCAGUCUUCUUGGCUGGUGCGCGGCAGCAGUCAAAAGUAUGGUAUAUUGAGAGUGUUGUCAAUGCAACCGCGCUGGUCAGCGACUCAAAUCAUGAGUUGCUGCUCGGGUCAGAUGAUACAUUUUUCUGGUUCCUUGUUCCUCUCUUUGGACUGAUGUGUACUGGCAUAUGCGUCGCCAUCAACUACAUUGCACUAAUACUAGAGCUCCUUUUCGCAUCCCUCUACUCCUUCAUCAGAUCGUCCACGCUCCGAAAGGAUGAAGCUAGUCGAACCCCGUCAGUCUUCGCCGUCACGUCGAAUCGUCAGAGAAUACUCACCACCUGCGUUCUACUGUCACUUGUAUCGACCGUGAUACCAUAUCACUUUGCCUACGUGGUACUCUGCUUUGUACAGCUCGCAACCUCUGUCCGCGCCUUCCGCCUGGCCAAGGAAUCGCAUCUCGACACCAACUACAACUUUUACAACUACGCACACUCGAUCCUCAUCCUCAUGCUCUGGAUCCUUCCCAUUAACCUCCCCGUGCUUGUCGUCUGGGUCCGGAACCUGGCCGUGCACUGGCUCACGCCCUUUUCGUCGCAUCACAACAUCCUGUCGAUUAUGCCCUUCAUCCUGCUAGUCGAGACCUUGAGCACCGGUCGCAUGGUGCCGCGAAUCCAGCCCGGAUUCUCCCUCUUCACCAAUGUCUUCCUCUUCUCCAUUGGCGCCUAUGCCGCAGUCUACGGCGUCACGUAUGCCUACGUGCUGCACCACCUGGCCAACAUACUCUGCGCCUGGCUCGUGGCCAUACAUUUCCAUCCCUCGGGUCAAUCUCCCGCGCGAACAGAUACCAGCCCACUAGAAACGCAUCCUGCAGAAAAAUCAAAAAAGCGGCCAUGA